AUGAGCCAGUUCCAGUCGACCAUGGCCUCAGUUGUGUCGCCGCUGUUGCCUGCAUCGCAAAUCUCUGCUGCAGAGCGCCACACUGCGUCGGAGCAGAAGGCCUCGGCUACUGGACUGAGCUACUUCCCUGGAGGCGAUCCUGGGCGCUCAAGUCAGCCCCUGCCGGAGGCCCACCAGCUGUACAGCUAUGGACAGCGCCAGAUUGGUUACACGAACGACCUGGCUGUGCCUCAAUACAAUCGAGGCGUUGCCAUAGUCCAGGACAGGAUCGGCGCACCGCCGCAGCUUGGACACCAGAUCGUUCAUAGCGACGAGGCCAUCCAGAACAGCAACUGGAGUCACAUCGGUCCAAUGCUGCGAGUACAUGAUGGAACUUACUGGAGCUCCAAGGCUUCCACCGACGUCGCCGACUUUGAGCUGAAGGGUGCUCAGUGGGGACAAGCCGUGGAUGUGCGUGGCUUGCAGAACGUGGUUCAAAGAGGCGCGUCGCGAAGCAAGCAGGCAGAGGCCAACUUCCAUCGCUUGUACAAACUGAGGAACGGCGGCUACGCCUGA